ACCAAGAUUGUAAAAUUGUGUUUCUGUUCCCCCCUAUUAUUGCAUAAGGUAAUGUUGAAGGUUGUUGUUAUUCCCAGAUAGAGCAAACGGUUUGAAUCGAAAAUGGAUUCUCUAGAGUUAUUAGAAAACACCGAUUAUUUGGAUUUUCUUGGCGAUUAUUCCCCUUUCAUCGACCCAUCUCCUCCCACCCAUUUCCUUUGGUCCAAUUCCAAUCCAAGUGUGAGCACGGAAUUUGACAUUUCAAGUAACGUGGUUGCGUGUCAAGAGGAGAAUACUAGGAAGAGUGUGAGCACGGAAACUGACAUUCCAAGUGGUGCUGUUGUGUGUCAAGAAGAGAAUACCAGGAAGAGGGGACGCACUGAAUCUUGCUACAAGGCAGGAACAAAAGCUUGCCGUGAGAAAUUGCGGAGGGAGAAACUCAAUGAAAGAUUUUGUGAUUUGAGUGCUGUUUUGGAACCCGGGAGACCUGUGAGAACAGAUAAACCGGCUAUACUUGAUGAUGCUAUCAGAGUCUUGAGCCAACUUAAAACUGAAGCUCAGGAACUCAAAGAAUCAAAUGAAAAAUUAUUAGAGGAAAUAAAAUGUUUAAAGGCAGAGAAAAAUGAGCUCCGUGAAGAGAAACUUGUUCUGAAAGCUGAUAAAGAAAAGAUUGAGAAGCAACUGAAAAGUAUGCCUGUUUCACCAGCAGGGUUUAUGCCUCCUCCUCCUAUGGCUGCUUAUCAAGCAAGUGUUAACAAAAUGGCUGUUUAUCCAAACUAUGGAUAUAUCCCAAUGUGGCAUUAUCUUCCUCAAUCAGCUCGCGAUACGUCCCAAGAUCAUGAGCUCAGGCCUCCUGCUGCUUAAUUUCUGCUUGCGUAUCUUCCCUUUGGAUAAUUUUACAUUCAUCAUUUUGGUAACAUUGUCCAAGUAUUGACAUGUAAAUUACCAUUGCUUUGAAUUUUCGGGUUUCUAAUAUGAUAAUUUUAGGCUUACAAUUUUCAACUUAUGAUUGUUCAAGUGUUAAAUAGAUCUAGAUCUCUCCUUAAAUAAAGUUAGUUUUGUGAAUGAAAUUAUAAGGUGUAAAAAAUUACCAUUGGAAAGUUUUGGAACUCAGCAAUAAAUUUAUAUUGAAAAAA